AUGUCUACCUCCUCUUCAUUACCACCUCCUUACUACAACGACGACAGGAAGUCAUUCGCGUUCCCCACAGUGCACAAGCGUUGGCCAACAAUUAUCCAACAGGGGAUUGACGAUGUACAACAAACAAUCAAUGAAAACAAAGCCAAGGUGUCUGAGUCAGGAACAGUAAUUGUCAACCAAUUGAAGCAGUUGUUGGACGAUUUCAAAAGUGAUGCUACGGUGCGUCAAUUCACUGACAAAGAAAUUCAACAAAAUAAGUGGUUACAACAUUACAAUUCGACUCUUGACUCAUUAAAUAAAGUUCGGAAAGUUACUUGGCAAACUGGACCAUGGUUAUACUUGGAAUGUUACUUGUACCAAUUCAUACAUAACUUCUUUAUCUUGAGCAACGACUCAUUUUGGCACUCAUAUGAUAUUUUUGCCAAAUUAAAGACCAAAACUUUCAACCAAUCCGAGGUGGGAGUAUUGGAAUUAUGCAAGAGAUACCAGUUAUUAAGUCAAGAAUUGGAAAAGGGUAAAGCAGAUAAAGAGGCGUUGAAGUUGCUCUUCACUGAAUUUAUUGAUAUUUCACUCUGGGGCAAUGCCACCGACUUGUCGUUAUUAGCAGGGAAUGUCACUUUGGAGGAUAUAAAGUCAGUCCAGGGUGCCGAAGUGCGUAAGAAGAAUGAAGAGAAAAUCCUCGUUAAUGAUUUAUCAACAGCUUGGGAUGAAUCUGGAUUGAAUCAAGGAAAUGUGUCGCGAAUUGAUAUUGUUUUGGAUAAUUCUGGGUUUGAGACUUUUGCUGAUUUGAUGCUCAGUUUAUUCCUUUUGGACCUGGGGUUGACCCAGCUGGUUCAUUUGCAUUGUAAGGAGAUUCCUUGGUUUGUUAGUGAUACGAUGCCCAAGGACUUUGAUGAUUUGAUUGCUCAAUUGAAGGAUUCUUCAUUCUUCCCACAAAUCCAUAACCAAGAUCCCCAAGCUAUAGAGCUUGUAUCGUCCAAGAUUGAGUCGUAUUAUAAAUCAAACAAACUUGUUGUUCAGCAUCACCCUUUUUGGACUUUGGAUUACAAUUACUGGUCGAUCCCAGAGUUCAAAGAUUUGUACAGUGACUUGUGUCAAUCGCAGUUGAUUAUAUUUAAAGGUGAUUUGAAUUAUAGGAAAUUGACUGGUGAUUUGCAAUGGCCCAAGACGACAUCGUUUGCAACUGCAAUUCAACAGUUGGCAACUAGUGGAUUGCCAAUCUUGUCAUUGCGUACUUGUAAAGCAGAUGUUGUUGUUGGGUUGCCCGAAGGAGUGAAUGAAAAAUUGAUAAAGGAAUACAAGGACGCUGGUAAUGAAGUGGGAGAGUUUUGGUCGAGCUCAGGUAAAUGGGCAGUAAUCUCAUUCAACAAAUAA